AUGAAAAGCCUAUUUACUGUCCUUUUAAUGUUCAUUGUUGCUACACCUAGCUUGUAUGCUAGAUUAACACCUAAGGAAGGUUCUAGCUUCAAUGUUGGCUUCAAUAUUGUUAACUAUGGUGCAACCGGCGAUGGUCAUACGGAUGAUUCAGAAGCUUUUAAGAGAGCAUGGCAAGACUUGUGUGGUGCAACUGAAGGCACCCCAACACUUCUCAUAUCUAAUGGAUCAUUCGUGUUGCAACCCAUGUUGUUCAAGGGUCCUUGUAAACUUACUGCUAUUAACAUUCAGGUUGAUGGCACUAUCGUUGCCCCGGAAAGUGUUAUUGAUUGGAAAUGGCCAGAUAGUAAUAGAGGGGCAUGGAUUAAGUUCUCGGGCAUAAAUGACCUUGUUAUCAAUGGAGGAGGAACAUUUGAUGGCCAAGGUGCUCCAUGGUGGACACGGUACAAUGACCCGGAUUACAAGCCAACUGCACUUCAAUUCCAUAAUUGUAAUAAUUCCGCACUUAGCGGGUUGACCCACAUCAACAGCCCAAGAAAUCACAUAAGCAUCGAUUCGUGUAAUGACUUUAGCAUCUCAAACAUUCAUAUUAUUGCUCCGGAGGAUAGUCAUAACACCGACGGGAUUGAUAUCUCAAAAUCAUCUAACCUCCUCAUAGAGAAUUCCAAGAUUGAAACCGGGGACGACUGCAUUGCCAUUAAUAGUGGUUCCUCCUUCAUCAACAUAACUGGUGUUACAUGUGGUCCUGGCCAUGGCAUCAGUGUUGGGAGUCUUGGGAGAAACGGAGCGUAUGAAACCGUAGAAGAGAUACAUGUCAAAUAUAGCACCUUCACAGGAACUACGAAUGGAGCUAGAAUAAAGACAUGGAUGGGAGGAUCCGGGUAUGCUAGGAAAAUUACAUUUGAACAUAUUAUACUAAUUGGAGCACGGAACCCUGUGAUUAUUGACCAGCAAUAUCAUGAUUAUGCAAUAAGUGAUCUAAACUCGGCAGUGCGAGUGAGUGAUGUUACUUACUAUAACUUCACAGGAACCUCGACUUCUCAGGAUGCAAUCACAUUGAAUUGUGACACUAACGUUGGCUGCAUCGACAUAGUAUUGAAUGAUCUCAACAUAACCUUUGCAGAUGGAGGGGAAACACUUGCAUCGUGUAAUAACGCUCAUGGAACAUUCUCUUCAUGUUAUCCAAGUAUCUCAUGUCUUUCUUCAUGAGUUAAUACUAGCCAAGGUUUUUGAAGUAGCUAGUAGGAUCCAAUGUAUUUUGGGACUCGUAAUUUUUUUAGAUUUAUAGAAAACUAUUUUCUUUUUUACAAGAGGAAGAGCUAUUCUAUUUGGAAUGAAAAGUUAUAUCAUAUAAUGAACCAAUGGACCACCUUUGCCACCGUGCAUCACUCAGCCACCAUCUUCUCCGGUGACUCUUCGCCAGCAAGUUUGAGAACUUGAACUUUGUGAGCAUUAUUGUUGUUAUUUUCUCCCUUGAUCAAUGCAAGUACUGUAGCGGAAUUUGAUGAGCAUCAUCGUUGUUGCUGCUGUUGUGGUUUAUUGCAGUAGUAUCCAAAAUUCUUGGGUGAUUUUAAAUGGGUAUCUUGUAGAAAUUAUUUUGUUGUGUGGUCUUCUGUUUAGUUGAUCGUGU